GGAAAUAUUUUUUCCUAAAAUCUUUUCAUAAAUAUAAUUUAAAAAAAAAAUUAUGAGUGUCCAAAGUAAUGCCUAGCAUUAGCAUAACAGAAUUGGUGAUAUCUUCUCUUCUCUUCUCAUAUGGAUUUGUGACAGGAAUACAUAGAGAUUGAAUGAGGCGUUUGUGUAUGAUGGAAAUGGCGUUUUUCGUUUUAGCUUAAUCCAGGCAUACUGACUGUACGUACUGAGACAGGGAGGUAGAUUAGAGUCUUGUACAAGCUACAUUACAUGGAGGAGAAAGGCGGGAAUGUGCAGCACCGGUCGCCGUCGAACGAGGCUGCGCCGCCUCCCACUCCGGCGGAAUUCAUCGGAACAGCCAGUGCCAACUCGCUUCUGAUGACGUUGAUGAUGUUGGCGUGGCUCGGCGUUCCUCCCUCUAUCGUUGUCGUCGUAUUGGCCUCAAUCAUCUUCCUCCCCUUCACCAAGGCCAUCAUGGUAAUUGGAUUGUUGUUUCUAUUGAUGUUCAUUCCGAUUGAUCAAAACAGUAAAUGGGGCCUUAGAUUUGCGAGGUACCUUUGUAAGCAAGCUUCCGGUUACUUUCCAAUGCAUUUGUACGUGGAGGAUAUCAAAGCUUUCGAACCUAAUCGUGCAUACGUUUUUGGCUAUGAACCACAUUCAAUUUGGCCAAUUGGAAUGGUUACACUUUCUGCCUUUACUGGUUUCAUGCCCCUCCCCAAAAUCAAAGGUCUCGGUAGUACUGCUGUGUUUUAUACUCCAGUGAUGAGGCAUAUAUGGACUUGGUUAGGAAUAUCACCUGCAGGGAAGCAAAGCUUUAAGUCCCUGCUGUCAUCUGGGUAUAGCUGCAUCGUAGUGCCAGGUGGAGUUCAGGAAGCAUAUUAUAUGGAGCAUGAUUGUGAGACUAUGUUCCUGAAAUCAAGAAAAGGAUUUGUACAGAUUGCUAUGAAGAUGGGCACACCUCUGGUUCCAGUAUUUUGUUUUGGCCAGUCAAAUGUGUAUAACUGGUGGAAACCUAGCAGCAAACUUUACUUGAAAUUUUCUCGAGCUGUUAAGUUUACACCAAUUCUCUUCUGGGGUUACAUGGGGUCUUUUGUACCAUUCCAACGUCCAAUUCAUGUAGUGGUUGGCAAACCAAUUGAAGUAGGGAAGAACUCACAACCCACGGAAGAACAGCUUGCGGCACUACACAGUCGGUUUAUAGAAGCCUUGCUAGAACUCUUUGAAAAGCAUAAAAAGAGGCUUGGUUAUGUUGAUCUACAGUUGAAAAUUAUGUGAGUCAUCAGCCCUGUAUUGUUCUUUGGCCUAAUUGUCACAUUCCGGGGAAGUUGGUUCAUUUCUUUGCAUUUGCUCA